AAGAGGACUUCAACAUUCAAUUGUGAGCAUAUCAAAGAAAAAAUGAACUUAGCUCACAACAAAAUUCAUUGUUUGGUAAUACCAUUUCCAACACAAGGCCAUAUAAAUCCAAUGCUUCAAUUCUCCAAAAGAUUACAACACAAAGGCAUAGAAAUCACACUUGUUCCUACCAUUCACAUAUUCAAGAAAAGCAUGCAAGAAUUGACAAGUUCCAUCACAAUUGAGCCAAUUUCUGAUGGAUAUGAUGAUGUGAAUGGACUUUUUUGUGCUAAGUCCAUUGAAACCUACUUAGAAAGUUAUCAAAAAGUUGGAUCACAAGCUAUCAUUCAACUCAUUGAAAAGUUGAAAAACAAAGGAAAUCCUAUAAAUUGUGUCAUUUAUGACUCAUUCAUGCCUUGGAUUCUUGAUGUUGCAAAAAUGUUUGGACUAGUAAGUUGUGUUUUCUUCACUAUGUCAUGUGCUGUUGAAAACAUUUUUUAUCAUAUCCAACUAAAGGAACUAAAGCUUCCUGUUGAAGGACAUCAAGUUUUGCUCCCUGGAUUACCACCAUUAGUUCCCUCUGACUUGCCAUCUUUUGUUAAUGAUUUGGGGUCAUAUCCACCAUUCUUGAAGAUGCUUGUUGAUCAAUUCUCUAAUAUCCAAGAAGCUGAUUGGAUCCUUUGCAACACCAUAUAUGAAUUGGAGAAACAUGAAGUGGAUUGGAUAACAAAGAGAUUGUCAUUGAGGACUAUUGGACCAACCAUACCAUCCAUGUAUGUGGACAAGAGACUUGAGAAUGAUAAUUCAUAUGGUUUAAGUAUGUACACACCUAAAACUGAUGUUUGCAUGAAAUGGCUAAGUGAUUGUGAUGAUGGAUCAGUUGUGUAUGUCUCAUUUGGAAGUAUGGCUGAAUUGAAAGAAGAGCAAAUGAAGGAGAUAGCUUGUGGAUUGAAGAAAAGCAAUCACAACUUCUUGUGGGUAGUUAGAGAAUCAGAAGAGCCUAAAAUUCCAAAAGAUUUUUUAGAAAACAUCACUAAGGAAAAGGGGCUAGUUGUAACUUGGUGUCCACAACUAGAUGUGUUAUCACACAAAGCAAUUGGUUGUUUUAUGACACAUUGUGGAUGGAAUUCUACUUUAGAGGCCUUGAGUUUGGGAGUUCCAAUGGUGGCAAUUCCAAUAUGGACUGAUCAAUGUACAAAUGCUAAGUAUGUGAUGGAUGUUUGGGAGAUGGGAAUAAAGGCACAAGCUAAUGAAAAGGGGGUUGUUAAACAAGAAGUUGUGGAACAUUGCAUAAAAGAAGUUAUGGAAGGAGAAAGAGGCAAAGAGAUUAGAAAGAAUGCAACCAAAUGGAGAGAAGUGACAAAAAAGGCCAUGGAUGAAGGUGGAAGUUCAGAUAGAAACAUUAAUGAGUUUAUUGCUAAAUUGAUUAAUGCGUCGUAAAGCUUUAGUGUGUAUUCAAUAACUAUAUGUUCUUCAAGCUAGUGUUGUCUUAUAUGUACCAAGAUUUGGUACAAGUGAGUGAGGUAUGCAAGAUUUUGCAUAAGCAAUAUCAAUUUAUUGUCACAAUUUCGAUUUGUGAGUUUGAGUUUGAAAUCAUGAUGGCCUUUAAGGCUUUGCCUAAUGACCUAAGUUGAUAAUUACUUUCUAUUAUUUUCAAUGUUCACCUAUUGUAUUUUUUUGCUCAUAGAAAUGAUGUGAAAAAUAAAAGGAUGUGGAUUAUUUGA